UUUGCGCGGCCGGGGAGGAGGCUCGGCGCCCCCCUUCUCCGCCCCGCGAGGGGAGUUCCUCCUUCGCUUUUUUUGCGGAUUGUUGUUAUUUGGUUUGACGCGCCUGCCUUGCCCGCGGCGGCUGCUGCCUGGUGCGCUGCGUGGCCUCCUCUCGCCGCCGCCGCCAGCGAUGCGCCCGGGCCGAGAGGCGUCUGGGCUCUGAGGUCUUGGCCGGCGGGCGCAGGAGGCGAUUCCCACGGUGCUGCCGGGGACGAUCGCGGCCUCCUGCGGGGACCGAGAGCGGAGGACCAGCAGGAUGUACACGGCCGGCUUGGCCCCCUUUUACGCCUCUAACUUCAGCCUCUGGUCGGCGGCAUAUUGCGCUCCGGCGGGCCCAGGCAGCGGCGGUUGCUUCCCCGUGGACCCGUCGGGGAUCAAGAAGCCUUCCUUCUGCAUCGCGGACAUCUUGCACGCCGCCGCCGCCGCAGGGGAGGCCGGGGUGGAGGGCCUGGCCGGGGGCUCCUCGGCCAGCCUGGCUGCCCACCUCGGCGCCGCCCACGCCCACGCGCAGUUCCACGCCGCGGGAUCCCCGCUCAGGCCCACGCCCGUGGUGGCCCCGGACUCGGCAGUCGCUUUCCCCGCCAGGCUCUCGGCCGCUUACUCGCAUCCUCCGCACCACCGACCUCCCGCCGGAACGUCUCCAGUCCCCGGCAGGGGCCAAAACCACCAGACUCCGCCCGGCUCAGCUCCUGCUCCGUCCAGCAAAGAUUUGAAAUUUGGGAUUGAUCGCAUUUUAUCUGCCGAGUUUGACCCGAAAGUCAAGGAAAGCAACACGCUAAGAGAUCUGACCUCCUUGUUAGCCAGCAGCCGCCAACCCGGGCUUCCCGUCCCCGGCUUGCAGCCUUCGGCCGGCCAGUUCUUCGCGUCUCUCGAGCCCCUGAACGAGGCCUCCGCGGUCUUGGGGCCCUUAAACGCCACCCCCCGGAGCUCAGUGCAGCACCAGUUUCAAGACACUUUCCCAGGUCCCUACGCCGUGCUCACCAAAGAUACGCUGCCGCAGACCUACAAACGGAAGCGCUCCUGGUCCCGAGCGGUUUUCUCCAAUCUCCAAAGGAAAGGGCUGGAGAAGCGCUUCGAAAUUCAGAAAUAUGUCACCAAACCGGACCGGAAGCAACUAGCCGCCAUGUUGGGGCUCACCGACGCACAAGUUAAAGUCUGGUUCCAGAACCGGCGCAUGAAGUGGCGGCACUCCAAGGAGGCGCAGGCACAGAAGGACAAGGAGAAGGAGCCGGCUGAGAAGGUGGCGGGAGGCGCAGUGCCGACAGGCGAGGGCGAGCCGGAGCGCAGCCCCAGCCGCUCGGAAGGCGAGAGCGAGAGCAGCGAGGCCGAGUCCCUGGAGCUGGAGCCCGGCAGCGAUGUGGAACGGACUGAUGCUGGGGCCGUCGCCGAUCAGCCCCUGCAGCGGCACUGCGCCGUCAUCAGCCCGCAGCUGCAGCACCCGGCCGACUGCGAGACUGCCAGUCACCCCGAGACGCUCUCGGCUCCCCCCAGCCUGUAUCAAGGUCAGGAGGCGCCCUUUGGCCUGCGGGACUCGCCCUGACUGCCUGCCUUCUGGACACCGCUGGCCGGGAGCCCCAGCUCCAAGCUUUCGUCCUCCGCCGGGAUUGCGCAGGGGGUGCUUGCCUCCCCGGCUUCCUUGGGUGGAUGUGAUGUUACAGCCUGCCAUAGGUGGGGAGAUGGGAGGCAAAGGUGGAGGAUGUCGGGCGCCUGUGGAGAGGAGACCAGCCCUCGAAUCUCUGCGCGUCAGGCCCUGGCAGUUAGGAAGGAAACAUUCAGAUAGUCCUGGGAAAAGAUGGGCUUCUUACAAACACGCCUUCGGCCUCCCUCUUCUAACUCUUUCAGUCUCCGACUCACCCCAGUUCGAGUCUCCUUCCCAGUUUCUUCACAAUGUGAAGUAUUUUUACCAACCCAGCCCUUCCCAGAUGUGUUGCAUUGUAUAAUCCGGCCAAGAAAUAAUGCACUGAAAAAACAAAACCGUAGAC